AACCAAGCAUGACAGCAGUUGUGUUGCAAACAAAACAUGAAUGACAUGAGUUAUUAACCUAUAUUGUGGCAUUCGAAGGACAUAACAUGAAUGGAUAUUUGUAUUGUAACCGAAUUAUUUAAAAAACAACAACAAAAUACCAAACAUUUGCACUCAACCGUUUUUUCUGACAUUUUCAGUGAUUUUUGGAUAAAAACCUUCCCUACCAGAGUGGUUCAUGUCAAACUGUAACGUUUAAGAAUUGGUACAAAUUAUAAAAUAAGGACUGAUUAAUGCUGAAAAAAUGCAUGACCUUGUCAUGCGCAACAACAUGGUUCACAAAUGAUAGUGAUCUGGUGAACUAUGAUCACGAAUUUAUGCAGUUUAAAUAAAACUGUAAUGUAGUUGGAUUUCAUUGCAGUUGUAAAGUUUUUAUUAUAAAUCCUCAUUUUGACUUACUAUUCAAUACCCAAAUAUCUAUCAAAAGUGAAAUAUGACAGAGGUCGCUCCAAGGGGUCAAAUGGGCCCUGGCCCGGCAACGAUGCCUGCAGUUUCCUGGUAUGAGUUUCUUCUCAACGAUAAACUGCUGGAAGAACAUCUUGAUCAGGAAAAACCAGAUCCAAGUCCUGUACAGUUAAUACAACAGUUUCUACAAGAGGCAGAGUCUAACGCUGGUGGUAGUGACACGCCUGCCUCCUCUCACCCUGGGGCUCUUACCCCACCCCUUACACCACCCAUUUCAUCACACAGUACCCUGGGAGAUCCCGUAGAGCAGAAUGAUCCAUCUAGACAGAAGCCAGUGACCCCUCCACUCCCGACUGGUGAGAGUAAGAAGACCCGGGCACUGAGAAUGCUGGCGUUACGAGUGGCCGCACAUCUUCACUGGAACCUCAAUACAAUCAUGAAGGGUUUGUCAGUACAGCAGGUCCACAGCCUGCUCACAGAGCUUCUCAAGGUUACCAUGGAGAUGAGCCCAGACGCGGCCAAGUUUACCGAUCUCCACUUUGACGUUCUCACUCCUGAGGCCAUCUUUGCUGCUCAACUCUACCACAGAUGGGCAAUACUUACUCUUGUAAAACACAGCUUUCCUACAAAACCAGUCAAAACCUUUAUGACAGUGCAAGGCCAGCAGGACCCUGUAACCACAAUGCUGCAGACGGAGUCACUCAUCAGUAAUUUACGUGAGAAGGCUGGUGUAUCAGUUGACAACCUGCAGCGUUGUGUACAGUGUGGCCGCACCCUGAGAAUGCCUGUUCUCACCUCCAUACCCGUGCCCACAGAGUUAAAUGACUCCCCAGAGUUUACUUGGGACAUCGCCACAGAAAUACUGCCUGAUGAAUAUAUAUGUCAGCUGUCGUACGACCUUGGCACAUAUUUCUUCUACCAGGAGUCGUACCACCAGGCCCUUGAGAUGUUCAGGGAGUGCAAGGAUCUCUCCAAACAUAUGAAGAAGCCGGAGUACUGUCAUGUACAGGAGCAGCGAUUAAACGGCUACUUUGUGGCGUGCAGAACAUUGAAGGAGUCCUCGGCUAAGCUUAGUGCCAAGCCAGAAAGCUUGUACCGGAGAGCUGAAUCUGCAAGGAGAAAUACAUACAGGGGUCUGGUGGACCUCCUGAUUGAGGACAACGUGAAGCAGGAGCUCAGCACGGCGUACAGGGCCAACCUUGAGGAUGAACUUGCCGCCAAGGAGAGCCUGACGUUCACGUUUAUCCAAGUGAGCAUCUGUAAUGUAAUGCGAGGUGUGAUGGAGGGGAAGGCGUUUGUCUCCAUCAUUGCUGAUAUACUGGAGGACGCCGACAUUGCUACCAUAAAGUUCCUUGUCAAGGUCCUUUCUGUGGCGAUGAAUGGAGCUUCUUUUGUUCAGAAGACAAACCUGGUCACAUUUCUUUGGCAUGUAGCGGAGGCAGCCCCCUCCCACUCCCACUUUGUCCCAAUGGUUCUACAGAGCGACAUCAGGAACCACUUUACAGGUUAUGAGUGUGAUCAACUCCGUAAACUGGAGCAGGGGACCAAGGAUAACAUGUCCUUCAGUACAACCCUCGAUGAUCUCACCACGGUCGCCAGCAGCUACCCGUCAACUAGAGAUUCCUCAGUAACUAUGGCGAAUGUUGAACACCAGCUGAUGUUUAUGUACGAUGCUGACGUCACUCGACACCUCGUGUCAGAACUGGUUGUAAACCAACAGAAAACACCCCAGUAUGUGAUGCAACUAAAUGAAAAGUGGAGAGUGCCGUUUGAGAUGUUGGAGAUUAUACGUAAAACCCAGCCAAGUGUUGACCUUGCGUAUACAUACAUCCUUAUAGGGAAGGCCUGUCACUGCAUGGAUGUCAAGAUAUUCGAGCGGGCACGUAACCUACUAUCUGUUGCGGAGCAAGUUGCCGUGGAGUACUCAUACACAUUGGCAAAGCACAUACGCUGGCAUUUACUGCUGGUUGACUUGCAACAGUACUUCCUGACCGAACAUCUGGCUGAAAACACCAACCUACAGGACCUUGUUAAGAAAGUGAAGACUUGUAUAACAGCUGUGCGUCUUGCACAGGACAUACAGCCGAGCCCUGAUAUACUGGAGCACUGCGCGGCCUUCCUGCUCAAUGUGCGUGACUGGGGGUACCUGAUGAACCUGGAUAACACCAAUAGCGGACAUAUUGAGACAUGCCGCCUAGCAUCUUGCCUGCUUAAUGAGCUGCCGUCAAUCAAAAAUGCCCGCAAACCUGCCAGAGAUUUGUGGGAUACCAUUGUGAUGAUCUACAGUACCAAUGCCCAACACAAGCGCACAUCCAGCGGGAGGGACAGCGCCAUGUAUCGGGACUCACAGCUGGGAAUACUGCCGCGGGAUUUCUUUAAACUCUUCCUGCAGAAACUAAGGGAACCCAUGGUACUGAGUGUGUUCAUUUCACUGAUGACAAAGUUCUACAAUAUACUCAAGGAUGACAUAACAGUCGAAAUUUACAGUGACUACCUUGCCAUAUGGCCAUCAGCAUUACCCAACACCAGUGGAGUACAUGUGGGGGCAGUGGAAGAGCAUGUCUCAGCUCUGAUGCAGCAUGCCCUCCAGAAGAUCCCAUCCAAUGCCUCCUGGCUGCGUACACAGGCCGACCUACUCUAUGCCAAUAACCAGUACUCAGCAGCUAUGAAGUUCUACAUGGAGGCCGGCAUUGUCUCCUCGGAGUUCUUCGCUAACGCUGUACCUAAGAGUAUCUACGAUGACACGGUGUACAGGAAGAUGAUGAAGUGCUGUAACUAUCUACAGUGUCACACACAGGUUGCAGUGCUGUGCCAGUUCCUGGAUGAUGUAGAUUACAGUGCGGCCUUCAAGGCCCUGCAGGAGAAGCACACGUACGAUGCCAUGGACUCGUACUAUGUGUGUAUAUGGGACAUCAGCAUUCUCGAGUACCUUGUACAUUUACAUUCAAAGAGAGGGGAGAUGGAUAAACGCCAGUCAGCAAUGCGGGCAUUGACUCAGCUGGACUUGAACAGCAAUAAUCCAGAAGACAUUAUACAACGGGCCGUCCAGAUCCGCAAACGAAAAUUCCUCCGAGCAUUGGCGAAGCAAUACGUCUGAAACUAGUCACAUGGUGGAUGAUAAUAGUCUGCCAUAUCAGUAUUGCUUGUGGGCUGUUGACGUUGUAUGAAGUGCUGUAUUACAAAAUAGAUUGGUGACAAAAUGCUAGUUAUAUCCUUAAUUGUUUGUGUAUCUAUGCAUACCAACACAUCUUAAGUUAAUGUUAUAAAUCCUUUGUACAGAUUAAGUCAUUGGAAUAAACUUUGUUACAUGCUGAGUGCUCGGGCAUCAGGAACAUGGCUCAAAGCUAUCGAAAUAGAGACAAAUUGUGCUUAAAUGAUAUUUGGAUGUUGGAAUUGGAUGUUUAUGUCUUGUCAUUGAAACAGCAUUGUUUUUCAUUCAAACUGUGAUUACAUCAUUUCAUCAUGAUACAUGUAUAUUCUACUCAGGAUGUCUGUUGUAACAUUUUUUCCAAAGAGUGGUGUAUGUUGCUUUUUAGUGUUAAUGACCUAUGGUUAAGGGUUUACCAUUGAUUAUUCUAGACAUACAUGUAAGCUACUCCUCAAUGAUGAUUGAUAAAUGAAUGAUGUUCGAUGCAUUCUCAUUUUUGUUGCAGCUAUAGAAUGUAAGCUUGUUACUCUUAACAGACUUGUGAAUGCUGAUGUAAGGAUCCAUUGUAAAACAGUGAACAAUUUACAUUGUUCUACAUUGAUAAUCAAAAUAAAGCCAAUUAUAUUCAUUCCUCUAAGUGAAUGGAAUAUACUACAAGUAAAUAUGACUCCAAACAACAACACAUGUUUACUUUUGAGCAUUGAAAGGAUUCUAGAUUGUAAAUGUACUCCAUACAGAGUUAUUCAUGUUACUAUGUAGGGGCUAAAGGUAAUCUAUAUGCAUUCAUCGAAAUGGUCCCCACAUUUAUUUCUUUUUAUCUAGCUUAGUGCUUGAGAUUAUGUUUUGUCUACUGAUCCACUCUCUGUUUAUGUCUACUGAUUAACCUUAUUGGAAUCAAUAAAGGCUAACAGAUGAUGUACCAAUAUUAAUGUCCUUCAGACUUAAAGAUAUGCUGCCAUCCCAUUUGACAAAAUAUAGUUUCAAACACUAAAUUGUAUGUAUAUAUAUCAUUUAGAGUUAAUCAUGUGACCAUGUCCUCUCUUCGCAUCAUCAUCACCACACAUUAUGUGUACUGUGUAUGCACCCAUGUUCAAAAGGUAUAUUUUUAUAUAACUAGUAUUGUACGUCUAUAUUGAAUUAAGAUAAAGAAGUAACUACUAUGAUUCCUUGCCUAAAAAGCAAAUGUAAGAGAUGUAUUAUACAGACUGGUUAUGCAUACUGUACCAAUGUCACUAAAUAUAGUUAAAAUCUGAUAAGAACCAGUCUGGUAAAAUUAAAAGAAGCACCACCCAAUGAUAAGCAACAUGUAAACCAAACCAUAAUGCUAUCCCCAUUUUUCCAAAAUUAUGAUUUUUAUUUUGAAAUAAUAUUAUAUAAAAUCAUGUAAUUUUAUUGCCCAAAAUCAAAAGCACUUUAUCAUAUAACUUUGUUUUGUGAAGAAUGUCUAUGUUGUGGAGGGUAAUUUGUUUUGAUAUUUCACACAAAAAAUAAAUGUAGUGAAAAUGGAA